CAAUGUUUACGGUACAUGAGUUUGCGGAAGCGGAGAAACUCGCAUCGCUUCUGACUUCAAUAGCAAAACUGCCCGUUUUCACAAUGAUGUGCUGAAAAAGUUUGUAAACCUCAGAUGAAUCUGAUCUAAGCAGGAUAAAGAGUUUUUGAAGGAGCAGAUCAGAGAUCAAAUCUGAAAGCGAAGGGUUUGUAUGAUCGGGAUUGAGGGCCAUCAUGAGCCGUCCACCCUCCAUGCAGCCUCAGACGUGCGGCCCCUGGGAGCUGAAGGAACGUUUGGGAACAGGAGGAUUCGGGAAUGUCACACUUUGGCAAAAUAAGGAGAGCAGCGUUCAGAUCGCCAUCAAACAGUGUCGGCAGGAGCUUAGUGCCAAAAACAAAGGAAGAUGGAGUUUAGAGAUCCAGAUCAUGAAGAGGCUGAAUCAUAUGAAUGUAGUGGCAGCGAGAGAAGUGCCAGAAGAACUCCAGAAACUUGCCACAAAUGACCUUCCAUUACUGGCUAUGGAGUACUGCCAGGGUGGGGACCUACGUAAGUAUCUGAAUCUGUUGGAGAACUGCUGUGGGAUGCGAGAGGCCGCUGUGCUGACCCUUAUUCAGGACAUAUCCUCAGCACUCACGUAUCUUCAUGGGAUGAGAAUUAUUCACAGAGACCUUAAGCCAGAAAACAUUGUCCUUCAACAGGGAGAGAAGCGGUUGGUUCACAAGAUCAUAGAUCUGGGCUAUGCUAAAGAGCUGGAUCAAAGCAGUCUCUGCACAUCAUUCGUCGGGACGCUGCAGUAUUUGGCCCCUGAGCUGUUAGAGCAGCAGAAAUACACGGUCGCAGUGGACUACUGGAGUUUAGGGACGCUGGUGUUUGAGUGUAUCACGGGAUUCAGACCUUUUCUACCAACCUGGCAACCCGUUCCAUGGCACGCAAAGAUGUUAAGUAAAAAAGAAAACGAUAUUAUGGUUUAUGAGGAUCUGAUGGGAGAGGUUCAGUACUCUAAACAUCUGCCUAAUCCACACAACCUUAACAAACUGUUAGCUGGUGAACUGGAGCGCUGGUUGCAAAUGAUGCUGAGAUGGUCUUCCAAAGAGAGAGGCAAAGAUCUGAGGCAACUGAGGAAAGAAAUCCCGGACGCUGUAAAAGAUACGGAGGACGAGAGUAAAGACGCCCAAGAGGGGAGCAAAGACUCUCCGAAGGCAACUUGUUUCUGCUUUGAUGAAUUAAACCGCAUUUUGAAUCUGAAGCUGGUCCACGUGUUGAACAUGACCUCUGCAGAAAUAUUCUCAUACACCGUGCAGCCGGACGAGGAUGUGGCGUCCCUGCAAGAGCGAAUCGCGCAGGACACGCACAUUCUUCCAGCCAGUCAGGAGCUUCUCCUGGAGGCCGGACUCGCCCUGGAACCGCACAAUAGCGUCAUGCAGUGUGCGAUCGAUUACAGCCUGUUAGACACGCGACGUGCCGAAGAGCCGCUGGUUUUCCUGUUUGAUCGUUCCUGCUGCAGCUAUGAGCCGCACUUCACUCCCAGAGUCCUGCCUGAAAACGUUCGGUUUGUUCAGAACGACCCCAAGCGCCCAUUGGCAUACGGCCCUCAGAGACGCACAUGUGGUCAAGCCUGGCACGCCAUACGCUCCCUUAAAGAAGACUGGCAGAGACUUCAGCAGGGACAGAAAGUGGCCAUAAUGAGUCUUCUCAGACACAAUGGAACGUUGUCAAAGCAGAAGAAUGAGAUGGUGUCAAUGCAUCAGAGACUUAAAGCCACGUUGGAGUUCUUCACCACCAGCCUGCACAUUGACAUUGACAAAUACCAGGAACAGAGAGCUUCUGGGAUCGCGUCUGAAAAACUACUGAGCGUCUGGCGUGAAAUGGAACAAACGGCUCUCAACUGUGGACAGACAGAAGAUGUGAAUAAGUUGGAAGAAGAGAUGAUGACGUUACAGACGGAUAUAGUGGAUAUUCAGAGACAGCCGUGGAGAAGUGGAGAGGCUUUAGAGACACUGGAGGUGAAAGCAAUGGAUUUGUUUCGGAAACUAAGAGAGAAGCCCAGAGAUCAGCGUUGUGUGGGUGACUGUCAGGAGGUCAUCAGACUGGUCGUCCAAGCCGUGCAGUUCUAUGAGAGAAAGUUACGGGACUUUUACACACACUUGAGUAAGACGAUGGUGUGCCGUCAGAGAGUUCUGGAGCUGUUGCCUCGUGUGGAGGGAAUGGUGAGCGCGAUGGCUGAAAAUGAAACUCAGCUUCUGCACCUGCAGGAGAAAAGACAGAAAGAACUGUGGAACCUUCUCAAAGUGGCCUGUAGUAAAGUUCGAAGUCCAGUGAGUGGAAGUCCAGAUGGAGGUCGAACUCCACCAGGUCCUCUGUUACCUCACAGACCUUCACAUCCCAGCAGUCUGCCUGAAAUAGAUGACUCUCACAUUGUGAUUGAGGAAAGUAAGUCGUUUGAGAAUCGUCUGCAGAGUUUAGUACAAGAAACCAUACAGGAGACGGAAAGCAGCAUGCAGAUGUUGAGAGAGUGGAAGUGGUUGAAUGGAGGACAAGAUCUGGCUUAGGAGAUGACACAAACAUACAAACGCACAAUGCUCUACUGACACCAGCUGGAGAAAACGCGAUACUGCAUGCAAUGAUGAACACAAACUUGUUUCUUAUCUUCAAGGAUUAUAUCCUACACUUCCAUUUUAUUUUUCUCUAUAGUCCACUUAUUUUAAUAAGUAUUUUUUAAUGAUAAUUUUCAUCCUGCGCUCUUCUGUAAUGUGAAAUGAGCAGCUGGAUGUCAGGUUUUGUGACACAUUCAUCUGUUCCUGCAGCUCAAAGGUCAUAGGUUUGAAUCCCAGGGAAUACACAAAUAUUGACCAAAUGUAUAUCUUAAAUGUACUGUAAGUCACUUUGGAUAAAAGCGUCUGAUAAAUGCAUGCGUGUAAAUUGCUUAAACUGUUCAGGGCAGACUAAGACGAUCUUGAAUCUUGUUAAAAGUAAACUUAAGCUACUUGUUUGUAGUGUUGAAAGUUUGAGAAGAAUUUACAAUAUCAAAUAUUUCACACAACCAGAAACAGUUCAAGGUUAUUUUCCAUUACUCUGCAGGUCCUGGGGUUUCAUUUAUAAAACAUGCGUACGCCAGUUCCCACGCAAAGGUUGUGAUCUAUAAAACAAAACAAAAAACUUGAUGCGAAAAUGGGCUUGCAGGGUGAGAUCUGAGGAAUGUUUCAUGUACGCACACUUGCAGGUGAUCUGUGACUUAUAAAGGGAACAUUGCCUUGUUUUAUAAGUCUCACUAUAUUUUGGCGUAUGACAUUUUUGGCUUUUGUGCAUACACUGCAAAAAAAAUGAUUUUCAAGAAAAAAAAUUCUUAGUAUUUUUGUCUUUAAAAAAUUCUUAAAUUAUGAUGCUUUUUCUUGAUGAGCAAAACGAUCCAAGAAAAUAAGUCUAGUUUUUA